AUGAUUUUUUUACUUCUCUCUCUGGUGCUUGGUGGCUCUGUUUUGCGUCUGCUCUAUCGCAAAUGGCUCCAUCCACUGGCUCAUUUUCCUGGGCCGGCUUCGGCAGCUGUCUCAAAUCUACCAUAUGUCAAAUGGGUUAUUUCAGGACAGUUGCAUCAACGGCUUCGUGAGCUGCACGACGAAUAUGGCGACGUGGUGCGCAUUCGGCCCAAUUCUCUCGUGUAUCGAUCUUCGCAAGCUUGGAAAGAUAUCUAUGGGCAUCGCAAGGGAGGCGCCCUGCCAUUUAUCAAAGAUCCCGAAUUCUUCACGCCAGCUCCUCCAGGCCAUGCUCAUCUGAUAAAUGCCAAUGAGGCUGAUCAUGCGCGUCAAAGACGAUUACUUUCUCAUGCUUUCUCUGACCGCGUAAUGCGCGACCAAGAACCACUGAUCAUGUCUCACGUCAACACGUUCAUACAGAAGCUAAAAGACAAGGCUCGGGAAGGAGAGGUCAUUGAUAUGACGGACUGGCUGAAUUUUCUUACAUUUGAUAUUGUUGGAGAUCUUGCUUUCGGAGAACCAUUUGGCUGUCUCAAAGACUCUGCGUAUCAUCCUUGGGUGGGGACCAUCUUCAACAGUAUCAAGACUGGUGCGAUCUUGCGCGCCUUUGCGGUAUAUCCUCAUUUGGCCAAUUCCAUGAGGCAUUUAAUGCCGAAGAGGCUCACUGAGAAAAGGAGAGCACAUUACCAGAUGAGCAAGGAGAAGAUGCUUCGGCGACUAUCUAUUCAGACACAGCGUCCGGAUUUCGUCUCAUAUAUUCUUCGAUACAACGAAGAUGAUGAACGAUGCAUGUCCAGAUCCGAAAUAGAGAUGAACGCAGCAAUCAUUAUACAAGCUGGGAGUGAAACUAGUGCCAGCGUAUUAUGCUCUUGCAUCUAUCUGCUCUUGCAACGACCUGAAUGCCUUGAACGUGCCGUGAAUGAAAUUCGCAGCACUUUCAUUCAUGACUCUGAUAUCACUUUUACAGCCUCCUCAAAAUUGGAUUAUGUCAGUGCCGUGAUUGAGGAGAGUCUUCGGCUCUUUCCUGCAAUCCCAGCAAUUCUUCCAAGACUGGUACCGGAUGGAGGUGCCACGAUCAACGGAGAAUUCGUACCUGCUCAUACCUCGGUUUCUGUUGCUCAUUAUUCUGCGUAUCGUGGGAGUGAAAAUUUCACUGACCCGGAUACUUUCGCCCCUGAACGAUGGCUUGAUUCGGCUCCCAAAGAGUUUACUCCAUAUCAGAGUGAUCAACACGACGUAUUCCAGCCUUUUUCUUACGGGCCGCGAGGGUGCAUCGGCCAGAACCUUGCAUACGCAGAAAUGCGUAAUAUCCUGGCGAAGUUGCUAUGGCAUUUUGAUAUUACCCAGGAUUUCGUGUCGCCGCAGUGGGUUAAUCCUAAAAGCUAUAUUGUAUGGGCAAAGCGUCCACUACAUGUUCGACUUGAAGAAAGGUAG